AUGGCGGUGAAGUACGCCGAUGGCGUCGUUCUCGGAGCGGAUUCGCGAACGAGCACGGGGACGUACGUCGCCAAUAGGGCGAGCGACAAGAUCACACCAAUAUGUGAAAACGUGUGGAUGUGUCGAAGCGGAAGCGCGGCGGACACGCAGAACGUCGCCGCGUAUGUGUCACGAUUAGCGCAAGAACACGCAGUUUCGGUUUCAAGCGCCGGGGCCGACGCGGACGAGGGAAUCAAGUGCGACGUGAAACUCGUCGCAAACAUAACGCAAAAAAUCGCAUACCAAAACAAGGACAGGUUACAGGCUGGGAUGAUCAUAGCCGGUUACGAUCGGAAAUUAGGACCUCAGGUGUACGGGAUCCCGCUUGGUGGAGCCAUGAUGGAGAAUCCGUUCACCGUAGGCGGGAGCGGGAGCGCGUACAUUUACGGGUGGUGCGACGACACGUUCCGCGAGAACAUGUCAAAAGAGGAAGCGCAGGCGUGGGUAAAGCGCGCCAUCUCUCUCGCGAUUGCGCGCGACGCGUCAUCGGGUGGUGUGAUCCGUCUCGUCACCAUCGAUGCCACCGGAGUAAGUCGCCAGAUGAUACAACCCAUCGAGCAACCGCUCUGCGACGAGGAGUUACCCGCGGUGAAGCGGUCGUGA